GUCUUGAGCUGCUAAGUACUUUCAAACAUUCUCCUGAACAGGACAGCACUGUGUUCACUGGGCUAAAACCACAAACCCAGGAGAGUCUCAGGAGACCCAACAGGGACCUACAAGGAUGUCAAGGGUCCAACUGUGAUGCUGACGUUACAUCUCUUCAAAAAGGAGUGGAGCUCAUCAUGAGACAGCUAUACAGACGCACAAAUACAGGAUAACGUCUGCAGAACAAAUGAUAUUUAUUUCAAAUCAGCCAAGGAGGAAGCUUUAAACCGAAAGUGCAAAGGGACAGGUACUACUAGUUAUACAAAAUGCCUUUGGAGACUCUCCAACGCCCGGUGAGAAAACCGGUGAGGACUGCUGUAGCUGCUACACCACCACGCUUGCGGCCCCAGGGGCCAGUGGGGCCAGACUUCUACCGGCAGUUCCCGACAGCAGCGGGCAGACCAAAGCAGAGCGCGGUGGAGAGGCUAGAAGCGGACAAGGCUAAAUAUGUUAAGAGUCAGGUGGCUCUUUCUAAACAGCAGCCAGUCAGGGCUCCUGAUGUGCGGAAGCCUCUGCUAAGCCCCGGCACCGCUCUGCGACCCACCAGGAAGACACCGACCCCAAUGAAAACAAAGAAGGAGGGAGUCCAGCUUGACUUGGAGCAUCUAAGUAACCUGAUCAGUGGUGUGAAUGAUGGGCCUCAAUCCAGUGCUACUGUAAACUCAGAGGACAGUAAAGCUCCUGCCACACCUUCACACAGCUUUCCUUGCCCCACACCUGCAGGAGCACAGCAGAAAAAGGAGAGACCGUGUCCACCUCCCCGCCACGACUGGUCCAGUCCUGCUAAGGUGAGAUUAAAAGCCUCUGGACCUGCCAGGGUAGAGAGUCCCAGCUCUCCUGGGUCUCCAGCUGCAGGGACCGUACGCAGGGUGGAUGUCAUGCCUCAGGCCAGCCCUGUGAGGACACCCUGCAGACCACCUCAGUACAUCCGGCAGCCCCUCCAGCCCAUACCUUUACAUUCCCAGUUUCCACUCCGCCCGGCUACUUCACACCUGCGUCUCUUUCACCUCAGAACAACAGCAGGUCCUUCUCCUCUGAAACCUGUUGUAGCUCCAUCGAAACCUGACGACCCUCCCUCUUCUCCAGGUGGAACCCCUGUCCCUGCUACACCUCCCCCCAGCCUCCCUCUUCUCCCUCCUCCCUCCCCGGCAAUUACGCGUUUGUCUUCUUCGAGCUCCAGGAAGCGCCCUUCUCUCACCCGGUCUAAAUCAGACAUGAGUGAUCGGUGCUCCAGAGCCGGCACAGAGCUGGAGCGCUUCUUCAACCUGUGUGGUCUGGACCCUGCAGACCUGCAGGAGUGGGCUGGAUCUAGUUCUGACAUUGUGUCCAUGGCCCGCUUCCGCAGUGUGAGUGCUCCAGGGUCUGAGUGUGCAGGCUCAGGCAGAGAGGAUGAAGGUGAGGAGGAGGAGGAAGCAGCCAAUGCUGCAGGGCGUGUUCCCUACGGUGUUUCUGUUAUUGAGAGAAAUGCAAGAGUGAUCAAAUGGCUGUAUGGACUCCGUCAUGCCAAAGACAAUUCAAGUAAAAGCACCAAUUUAUAGGAUGGUGUUAAAUGGUCUAAAAUAAGCUUUAAAACAGAAGUAAAUUUCAGUGUGUCUGCAAAACACAUUAAGUGAUGGGAUCCUGUGAUUAAACUGGUAGUAAACUGAUGUGGUGAUAUAAUGAUGGAUGAUGGAAGUAAUUCACUUCCCUUGUUGUUUGUUUUGAUCAGGUUUUUUGUUGUUUUUUUUAUUUUUUAUUUUACAAAAUUUGAAAUUUGAUGAAAUGUGCUAUUGAAGAACAGAAACAGUUUUUGUUAAUUUGAGAAAUUCUCAAUAUGUUUUGUUAUUUUGACUUUUCAAAUGUGUCUUUGUGCGUGUGUCACAUUGGGGAUGUCGUGGUGUCAUCUCUGGCUGUAAAUGUGCGGCAUUAAAG